CAUUGGGACGGAACCGAACGUACUUUUUUUUUUUAAUCUUUCGGGUCAACAAGUACCAUGAAACGGUAUUUGAGCAUAAAUACUAUAUCUCGUUGCAUGUGACAUGUCAGUGCUUAUUUGUUGCCGCGAGGGUCGGACACUGUAACGUAGUAGGACGACCUUUCCCAUGAUGCAUUGUACCGCAAGUGGGAGCCAAACGCGGAAGUAUGCGAAGAGUGAGUCGGCGACCCUGCGAGGACGGUCCUCUGCUGGAGGAGCAAGAGACUGAAGGACAGCGGCAGCUUCACGGUCUUCUGCUCCAGCAACUCCACACCCAAGUCGACAUUGACAGAUGUGUAGCCAAGAAGAGGAGCUUCGCCCCGGCUGCACUCUACCGGCCGUUUGGCGAGCAAGCAUCUGGCGUGCGGAGCCUGUCUCAGUUUCAAGCGCUGCAGGAUGACGAGCGGGAGUUGGCCAACCUGCGGGAGCUGGGCCUCACCGACCCCGAGAUUCAGCUGUGGCAGAGCAGGGAUGCCCCUGAAGCACCCGAACAGUUUCACGGCGUUUGCGCCGCUCCCGAUGUCAAGCGGCAGCGGCUGCAGGCCAUCCAGGACAAGAUCACGGCCCGGGCAGAGCUCCUGGCGCGGCCUCAGCGCUUCGCCGCCAGCCAGCCGCUGUCCCGACGUGAGAUGGAGAUCGAGCAGGCGCUCUUCCAGGGCAGUGACCGCCGAGGUUUCCUCACUGCGCUCUACCACCGAGAUGAAAAUAACCAAGAUGACCUGAAGGGGGCGGCAAAAACAGAUCCAAUGGCUUCCCUUUACAAGGAUCUUCUCAGCAAGGAGCCUCAAGGCAGGGAAGCUGACGGACCGUCACGCCUUUCUACAUCAGCGCUGUCACAUGACUCGCCCCGGGGAGCCGACAGCCAAUCAGAGGAAGGCUCGCCGGAACCGUCGGAGUGUCGCGCCGUUCCCCGGCUGGAGAUCGGCCGGCCAAUCGGCAGCCUGCGUGGAUCGGAAGGGGCCGGCUCGGGCCGACCGCUGACCGUCACGGGGCGGGUGGCGACUGUGACAGACGAGGAGAUCCUUGAGAACCGCGAAAGCCAGGAGGGGAUCCGGAGCAUCCCGAGGUUCCGGAACUACCAACCUGGAAAACCCUCCAGAGUAUUGUGCGUGAAGAACUUGAGCCCACAGGCCUCAGUGGCCCAGCUGGUGGCGCUGUUCUCCAGGUUCGAGGGCACCGGCGGCAGACCCCCGCUGCUGUACCGCCUGCUGACGGGACGCAUGAAGGGUCAGGCCUUUGUCACUUUGCCAGACACUGAAGCGGCCCAGAAUGCUUUGCAGCUGCUCCAUGGGUACCGGUUGCUUGGGAAACCUUUGGUGCUGGAGUUUGGCCGCGAGCGAAAGGGAGCCGAUGAUGGGCGAGACGUAAAACAUUAACAUUAAGUUCAUGACGAGUUGAUGACGAAGUAAGACUGACAUUUAUGUAUUUAUCUUUGUAUGAUUAUAAAUAAAUGAUUUGAUUGGUCUUGAA